CCAUAGCAUCUUAUCUUAAUUUAUCAAAACAUACUUAUUAUACUAGCCUAGCUCGCAUAUAACAUCAAUAAGAAACUCAUAAAACAUGUCUGCGGAAAAAAGGCCAGCCAGCCCGGAGAAAGCAGAGGAAUCUGAAGAUGCCGACGCCUGGAUCGGUCCUAUGCCUUCAGAGGCUGCUGUACCCAAACAUAAGAAAAGAAAAGUUCUGGAGUUUGAAUCCUUGUAUUUGGAGAACCUGCCGUCCUCGGAGACCUACGAGCGGAGUUACAUGCACAGAGACGUGGUCUCACAUGUGGUUGUCACCAAAACUGACUUCGUUGUCACGGCCAGUCAAGAUGGACACCUCAAAUUUUGGAAGAAACAGGAGGAGGGCAUAGAGUUUGUAAAGCAUUUCCGCUGCCACCUCUCCACCAUCAGUGACAUCGCGGCCAACAGCACCGGGUCUCUUCUGUGCACUGCGUCUCCGGAGAAAACGCUCAAAGUCUUUGAUGUUGUCAAUUUUGAUAUGAUCAACAUGUUCACAGUGGAGUUUGAGCCGUACCGAGUGGAGUGGGUGCAUUCUGCCGGCGAUCCCAUUUCAGCAUUGGCAGUUUCAGAGAAAGGCAGCAACAGGAUCCACAUAUUCGACGGCACGCAAGCCUCGGGGGCUCCGCUGCACACAUUCGCGACCCUCCACCAGAGCACCGUGGCCACCAUCCGCUACAACCCAGUAUACGAGACAGCGGUCUCCGUCGACAAAGCCGGUAUAGUGGAAUACUGGACCGGCCCAAAGCAUGAAUACAAGUUCCCUAAGAACGUGGACUUCGACUCUAAGCUGGACACGGAUCUGUUCGACUUCGUGAAAAACAAGACUUACCCGACGUCAGUGGUGUUUUCGCCGGACGGGAAGAAGAUGGCCUCCAUCAGCCUGGACAGAAAGGUGCGUGUGUUCAAUUUCGUGUCAGGCCGGCUGAGCAAGGUGCUGGACGAGAGCCUGCAGCGGUUCCAGGAGCUGCAGCACCAGCACCAGCAGCUGCCCAACAUGGAGUUCGGACGCAGAAUGGCCACCGAACGAGACCUGGAAAAAUCCGACUCUGUCCACUACGCGAACAUAACCUUCGACGCGAGCGGCCAUUUUGUCCUGUACGCCACCAUGCUAGGGGUGAAGAUCGUCAACCUGGUCACCAACCGCUGCGUCACCAUGCUAGGCAAGCCGGAAAACCUAAGGCCUUUGCACUUAGCACUUUUCCAGGGCCGCACCAACCAAACAAAAGUGGCCUCAACCCUCGAGAUGGAAGGCUCAGAUAACCCCACCCUGCUCAACAUCAAGACGGACCCGACGCUAUUCUGCACGGCCUACAAAAAGAACCGAUUCUACAUGUUUUCUAGAAGAAGUCCAGAUGACAUCAAGAGUCCGGACGCUGACAGAGACAUAUUUAAUGAAAAACCGUCGAAGGAAGACAUCAUUUCUGCAACGGAAGGGCAAGGCGUCCAACGGAUAUACGAGCAGGCCAUCCUGCACACGUCACUCGGCGACAUCCACAUCCGUCUGUUCGGCAAGGACACGCCGCGCGCCGCCGAAAACUUCUGCGUGCACGCCAGGAACGGGUACUACAACGGGCACAUCUUCCACCGCGUCAUUAAGGGGUUCAUGGUGCAGACGGGGGACCCUACAGGCACCGGCACUGGCGGUGAAAGCAUCUGGGGCGGCGAGUUCGCAGACGAGUUCAAGUCUCACUUGAAACACGACCGACCUUACACGGUCAGCAUGGCUAAUGCAGGACCCAAUACUAAUGGCAGCCAGUUCUUCAUUACUCUGGCACCCACGCCGUGGCUAGACAACAAACACACAGUAUUCGGUCGCGUAGUCCGCGGCAUGGAGGUCGUACAGAACAUCGGCCAGGCCAAGACCAACCCCAAGACUGACAAGCCAUAUGACGACAUACGACUGGUAUCCGUCACUGUCAAGUAACUGUCAAUGUCAUUAAUGUAGUAUGGAUAGUACGGAACAUCGGCCAGGCCAAGACCAACCCCAAGACUGACAAGCCAUAUGACGACAUACGACUGGUAUCCGUCACUGUCAAGUAACUGUCAAUGUCAUUACUGUAAAUGUGGCACGGAGUACGGAACAUCGGCCAGGCCAAGACCAACCCCAAGACUGACAAGCCAUAUGACGACAUACGACUGGUAUCCGUCACUGUCAAGUAACUGUCAAUGUCAUUAAUGUAGUAUGGAUAGUACGGAACAUCGGCCAGGCCAAGACCAACCCCAAGACUGACAAGCCAUAUGACGACAUACGACUGGUAUCCGUCACUGUCAAGUAACUGUCAAUGUCAUUACUGUAAAUGUGGCACGGAGUACGGAACAUCGGCCAGGCUAAGACCAACCCUAAGACUGACAAGCCAUAUGACGACAUACGACUGGUAUCCGUCACUGUCAAGUAACUGUCAAUGUCAUUAAUGUAGCAGGGAGUACGGAACAUCGGCCAGGCUACGACCAACCCCA